CGGUUUUUUUAUUAUCAUUUUUUACAUGGAUCUAUGGCUUCUCGCAUGGCUCUCUCCGCGGCGCAGUACCUAUGGUUGCAAUGGCAGCCCGUUUCUCUCCUUGUACACCCACACCCUUCCACCCGAAUGCUUCCCCCUGCCCAAAGUCGGGACUCGUCCGCAGACAUGCCGAGCAAAGUGCUCUACUGUACAAGCAUCUUCGUCCUUGCUCUCUAUCUGCCUUGCUCGAGUUUAUCCCGUUCUCCAUCCCCGGAUGCAAACAAAAACUUUACAUCUUCUUCGCAUCACCCCGAUUCGGUGAGAUUCUGAAUAUGACAGGCUGCCUGCCUGAUAAAUACUAUCCCUACCCAAAAUGCCGUAAUUCUCUGUGUAAGUGGAUGCAGUCCCCUC